AUGGCCUCUUUAUUGCGGCAGAUUGUCGCGGGACCUCGUGCACGUCAUCCAGAAGCGGGCCUUGACCUGUGCUAUGUCACAGACAAUAGUAAAAUCAUAGCUACAUCCGGCCCGUCGUCGAGCUACCCCCAACGAUACUACAGAAAUCCUACAGAGUCCCUAGUCAAGUUUUUGGACUACAAACAUGGGGACAAGUGGUCGAUCUGGGAAUUUCGUGCUGAAGGCACAGGCUAUCCCGACAGUGAAGUCUACAACCGCAUACGACAUUAUCCAUGGCCUGAUCAUCAUCCGCCACCCUUUGCGCUCAUACCAAAUAUCAUGGCAAGCAUGCGCGACUGGCUCAAAGGCCCAGAUGCCGAAAAGGGAAGAGUAGUGGUGGUCCAUUGCAAAGCUGGCAAAGGGAGAAGUGGAAGUAUUGCAACAAGCUAUCUAAUAAGCGAAGAAGGCUGGUCCGUUGAAGAUGCGAUGUUGAGAUUCACAGAAAGACGAAUGCGAAGUGGCUUUGGUGCUGGCAUCAGCAUACCCAGCCAAAUCCGAUGGGUGGGAUAUGUCGAUUGGUGGGCGAAACACGGAAAUACUUAUGUCGAAAGGAAGAUUGAGAUUCGCGAAGUCCAUGUUUGGGGGCUCAGAAGCGGGGUCAAAGUCGCAAUCGAAGGUUUCGUAGAAGAGGGGAAGGUGAUCAAGACUUUCCACACCUUUACUCGCCAUGAGAGGACUCUCAUGGAUGGUCCAGUUGCUGACCAGACUGAGUCUUCCCUUGACACACCUACUACAAGCGAAAACUCUACUCCGUUGCAGCAAACCAAACGCGAACCAAUGCCCUACGAGUCGUCACCAACUUCCUCAUCCACGAGCAUCAAUCAAGUCGAAAUCUCUAAUGAUAGCGGUGCGGCGGCAGCUCUAUUCCGGCCCACAGUCCCAAUCAUUCUUCCAACUUCAGACGUCAAUGUUGACAUCGAGCGGCGCAACAAAGCUAAGUACGGCCUCACUAUGGUUACAUCUGUAGCUCAUGUCUGGUUCAAUGCUUUCUUUGAGUCUCAAUAUUCUCUACAGCGCUCAACGGCUCCGCCCGAAGCAACGUCUUCUGCAACUCAACCACAGAUUCUUGACCCCACUAAUCCUCCUUCAAGCGGCGUAUUCUCCAUUCACUGGGAUGCCAUGGAUGGGCUUAGGGGCUCUUCGCGCAAAGGUACCCGCGCAAUUGACCGGCUCUCGGUGGUCUGGAGCGCUGUAGCUAUCUCACCAUCCGCUGCUGCCACCAAGGAAGGUGAGCUGCCUAAGAUCAUCACCCAGCCUAAACCUGGUGCCAAUAUUUCUGAUACUGGUGCUGCCGAACGCGAUAAUUCAUCACUUUUGUCUCCGCUAGAUCCGCCAAACAUUAAAAAGCUUGGUUUGCGAAGCGAGACCCCUAAGAGUCAGGAUCUUAGUCGAUCGAGCAGCCCAGUCUCUUCCGAUAACUUGGAUCACAAAGACCACGACUCGGAAAAGGGCGUCAAGGUACAUGGGCCAGACGGUCAUGAUUUUGCUUCUCAGCCAAAUGACAAGGAUACCAAUGACGAGACAGAGGUAGCCGAAGUUGUAGAGGGCAAGGAGGCUGCUAGUGUUGAUGACUUGCCGGUAUCUACGCAAAGCAUACCUGGGCAAAUAAAGGCAAUCUCCGAAAAUGGAUGA